AUCUGCCUCCUGUGUGUUUUCCAAACUUCUACAGAAGCGAACGUGCGCGCUGAAUUGUUUUAACCAUUUCAAAGUACGUGCGUGUUUAACUUUUGACAGCCAGGGUGUGGGGUGUUAACCGUACGCUGUGCUUUUUGCAGCCUUCACAGAGGUGAGUGCUUCUCUUGUUACUUCCUGUCUCUCAGACAGCCGAGCCCCACAAAAAGGAAACCAGAGCAACCAGCAGCUCAUGAUGAGCCUCGGCAGCACCAUGAUAGAUUGAUCAGCUGUUGCUCUGUUGAGACGCAAUCCUUCGAUCGUCGAAGACAAAGACCAGACCAAGAUUAGACCGCUCUCUCUCCAUGUCUACACUGACUCCCUCGAGUCCCAAUAGUCUCACAGCACCGGUCCUGGUCCAGUUCCAGCUGGGUCUGUUCAGGGAGGUGGUUCGAGUCCCUGCGGGCAACCUGAGCUACCGUCAUGCCCGGAGGUUGGCUGCUGAGGUCAUAGAGCGCAAGGCUCCAGACUGCAGCGUGGUGGGUGUCGGGGAGAAGAUUCUGCUGUUCAGACAUCAACCCGCCUCCGAGCAGUUGCUGCAGCGGCUGACCGACUCCGACGAGCUGCAGGAUGGUGACCUCAUUGAGGUCAUCGUUUCAGGAUCAGCCUCCGUGACGCAGAUGACGAUGCGUCCACACUCCUUGGCGGUGCAGUCGUACCGGACCCCCACUUUCUGUCACCACUGUGGAGAGAUGCUGUGGGGCCUCGUUCGGCAGGGUUUAAAAUGUGACGGUUGUGGAUUAGACUUUCAUAAACGUUGUGCUUUGCAGUUGCCCAGCAACUGUAGCCGAGCACGGCGUCAGGUUAGCACCAGCUUUUCCCUGUUUCCACCCCGGCGACCUCGCACACACUCGCUGUCCAAUCAGGCAGGCGGGAGUCUAGAAGAGAUCAGCAUGUCCAAGCCCGCGUCCAGGCCUCCAUCCUGGGCCGAGGCUCCGGUGUGGCUGGGAGUCGGUUACAGCGACUGGAGCAGGGCUCAGGUCCCUCACACCUUCCACAUCCACAGCUACACCAAACCCACCGUCUGCCAGUACUGCCACCGGCUGCUCAAAGGCCUCUUCAGGCAGGGGCUGCAGUGCUCAGACUGCAGGUUUAACUGCCAUCGGCGCUGUGAGCCUUUAGUCCCCAGAGACUGUCCCGGAGAGAGGAACGGCAUGAACGGGGAAGAAAGCCCAGCAGCUGAUAACAGCUGCCCACCAGACUUGGAGGACAAUGAGUCAGUGAUCACCUGCACCACAGAGAUCUGCGACGAUGACAUGUUCACCGAUGAUGACUCACAGGCAGAGACCGGGGAAGUCGAGCAGCUGCGAGAGCCGAUGAGUCCGUGUUUCAGCAGCAACAUCCCCCUGAUGAGGCUCGUCCAGUCUGUGCAUCACACUAAGAGGAGAGGUGGAGGAGUCCUGAGAGAGGGGUGGCUGGUCCACCACACCAACACAGACACACUGAGGAAACGCCAUUACUGGAUCUUGGACUGGAAGAGCAUGACUCUGUACCAGAAUGAAAACACCACCAAGUUCUACAAGGAGAUCUCUCUGUCCGAGGUGCUCGGGGUCCGAGGCCCCGCCCAGCUCUCCGUGCCGUCAUCAGACGGCAGCACUCACUCGUUCGAGCUGGUGACGGUGUCACUGGUGUACUGCGUGAUAGCCGGCGAGGAGGCAGCCUGGGAGAGUGCCAUCCGGCAGGCUAUGAUGCCCGUGGAGAGCAGCAGAGGACCCAAAGACGAGAUCCAGGAUCAAUACCGAUACAGACGCAGUGCGGACAUCAGCUCGGUGUAUCAGAUCUGUACAGACGAGGUGCUGGGGUCGGGACAGUUUGGCGUGGUGUACGGAGGAACUCACAGGAAGUCGGGUCGAACAGUUGCCAUCAAGGUCAUCGACAAGACGCGUUUCCCCACCAAACAGGAGACGCAGCUGAGAAACGAAGUGUCCAUCUUGCAGAAUCUGUCGCACCCCGGCGUGGUUCUGUCGGAGGGCAUGUUCGAAACUGUCGAGCACGUGUUUGUUGUAAUGGAGAAGCUGCACGGAGACAUGCUGGAGAUGAUUCUGUCCAGCGAGAAAGGUCGACUCCCUGAACGCAUCACUCGCUUCCUCGUCAUGCAGAUUCUUGAGGCUCUGCGGUACCUGCACUUGAAGCACAUCGCUCACUGUGACCUGAAACCUGAGAACGUACUGCUGGCCACUUCAGACCCCUUACCUCAGGUGAAGCUGUGUGACUUCGGCUUCGCCCGGAUCAUAGGGGAGAAGUCUUUCCGGCGCUCCGUCGUGGGGACUCCGGCCUACCUGGCACCCGAGGUGAUCAGCAGCAACGGCUACAACCGCUCUCUGGACAUGUGGUCUGUCGGCGUCAUCAUGUACGUCAGCCUGAGCGGCACGUUCCCCUUUAAUGAAGAUGAGGACAUCCGGCAGCAGAUCACCAACGCCACCUUCAUGUACCCGCGCCAAACCUGGGCCCCCAUCUCACUGGAGGCUGUGAGCCUCAUCAAUAACCUGCUGCAGGUGUCGGUGAGACGGCGAUUCACCGUGGGCAAAGCGCUGGGACACAGCUGGCUGCAGAACUUCCAGCUGUGGUGCGACCUCCGGGAGUUCGAGCUCAGGAUGGGCUGCAGGUACCUGACGCAUCGAGGGGACGAGGACCGAUGGCGCUUCUACGCUGCAGAGAUGGGGCUGGACUUCCCCUCCAACCUCUGCUGUGACCCCAACAAAGAAUUGGACAUGUGACCUCGAGCACAGAGGUUAAAGGUCGGACACUUUAUCAGACUGUGCAGCUACAUUUAAAAAUCAUUCAGCAGUGAAGCCGGGGAUCAAACGGGAGAAAAGUAAUAAAGACACAAACACGUGUGGUUUUAAUAAUAUAAUUUUCCUUUUUUAUUUUCAAGUUGAGGUUUUUAACAUAUGACUGAAAGAGUGGCAUCAGUGAUGAGACAGCAUGAGUUAGGGAUGAGGGGGAGGAGGAGGAAAAUGGAGCACAGAUGAGAUUAAGAUAUCGAGAUCAUGCACAGGGAGGAGCCUAACACAGCGAUCGUCGUGGCUCACCUCUCUUCUUCAAAUGCUACCCUAAACCCUGUGUUGUGAGUACGCCUGCUAUGGUUCCACGUACAGUUUUGAUUCUUCCCGUUUCAUCCACAACUUUCCUGAUGCCCUGUCUGACACCUCCCUCUGUCUUUGCCCCCCUUCUCCUCAUAAUUUUACAAUUAGCCCCAAAAAAGGCUAAAAA